AAACCCAUCGCAAACGCGUGUAUAAAUACGCCUCCAUUUCUUCUUCAUCUUCAUCUCUUCCAAAAUCCCCAAAUCCUCCAUAUCAUGACCUGCAACAUCCCCAAAUCCCUAACCGAUUCCGCUUUGACGCGCUUCAAGCUCGCCGUCUCCGCCUCCGAUCCCUGGCCCUUCUCCCUCUCCUCUUGAUCUCUCUCCUCUUCUUCUGCUCGAAAUUGUACAUACAAAUCUCAAUUGCCAUGGGAAGCAGCGGAGAUCUGAAGAGCGGCGGCGGCCAUCACCUCAGUUUUCAUCUCCAGCACGGCGGCGCGGGGCGGCGGGGCAUUCCGAGGGGAUGCGUGGCGAUUACGGUGGGGCAGGGCGCGGAGCAGCAGCGGUUCGUGAUCCCGGUGAUGUACGUGAACCACCCGCUCUUCACGGAGCUGCUCAGGGAGGCGGAGGAGGAGUACGGCUUCGAUCAGAAAGGCGCGAUCAAUAUCCCCUGCCACGUCGAGGAGUUUCGCCAGGUUAGAGGCUUGAUUGACCAGGAUGCGACGUCGAAUCACCACGUCCAUCACCACCACCACCACCACGCGCAUCACCACCAGUUUUUGUGCUUCAGAGCUUGAUCGGUAGUGGUUAGCAGGUUAUGGUUGUGAAUUGAUUGUGAAUUUUCCUUUUGAUUUUAUGGUUUGAUUCAUAGAUUUGAUCUUGAAGGUGUGAGUUUUACAAGUGUUAAACUAUGAUCCGAUUCGUAUCCAAUCAAAAGUUUACGACAAAACA